AUGCGCUUUACGAUCAAUUCGCACUCCGAGCGCCCACACUUUUGUUCAACGUCUCAAGUUACCCUGGACAUACUUUCAGGAUGCUGCAAGAAACAAACACUGGGUUGGCCGCUCAGGCGAAUCAGGCCGGCCCUGCUUCCGACUCCCGUUCACAAAAUCGGCUCCGACCUCGUCUUCAACCACGAACUUUUACCAUUCGCAUUCUGGAUUACACGCCGUUCCGAGCCAGGCCCACAACCUCUGCUUGACACCCGGAUCUCGUCCCUGCUCCCGACGCCCAUCACCCCCGUGAUCUCGGCGGACAACCCCACUGCCCUCGAUGGCUUCCCGCUUACGAGCACCUACAAGCUAAGAGAAGUCGUCGCGAUCAGUGGCUUCCGCAGAGACAUCGGCACCGACAGCCGCGUCAGGACGAUCCUGACGAUGUGGGCGCGGGAUAUUGCUGCUGAUCCCAUCGAACAGAACUUGUGGAAACAUGGCUCGCACUCAUCCACCUCGAUCACCACUAGGAACGACACCAGUUCUACCGCGAAUUCCCUCACCGCGUGA